UUCUACUCUUUUUAUCUUAUGAACCCUUACUUUGACCAGUUUUACAACUUUCCCCACCAUCACCUCACUAACCUCUCCACCGCAACUCAACCUGCUCGUUAUUCAUUCCUUUCCUAACCUCUUUGUCUUCAAAACAUCCAAGCUUUAUAAACUCGGCUAACAUCAUGGUCAGUUAUCAGUAAACUUGUAUAGUCGUAUACUCAUACGUGUGAUAUUCCUUGCAAGAAGAAUGAAGUUCGAAGACUUCUUGAUGCCAUCAAACGAAAAGCAACGCAGAAGGAUUGCUCUUGAGGAGGAGGUUGAGGAGCUGCAAGAGAGACUAACUGGGGAGCUGCAGAUGAACGGUGUGCUGCGAAAUGCAUUAAAAGGACCUCUUCUUUCUUGUUCUUGCGUUUCUUCACUGGUUCCCCUUGAGAUGCAGGUGCUUCUAGCAGAAUUAGCAACGGUAGAAAAAGAAAUUAUUUGGCUAGAAACAAAGGUUGAGAAGCUGAAAAAGAACCUGUACAAAGAGAAGAAGCUCAAAAAAGAUAGACAGAUGGAGCCGCCAAGAAAGUAUCUUGAGAGACGAUUACCCUACAAACAGCAAAAUGAAGGAGAGCUUAAAGAUUUAAAAUGGAUUACAAUAACACGAAGCCAUAACAGGCAAAGAAGUAUAGAAGAGGGAAGGUUUUCUUUGAGCUCUAUUUCAGACAUGCAAAGCGCUUCCGCAAAAGAAGAAACUGCCAAGAGAUACCUGAGAAUUAUCAGAAAUAAACCAAACAGCAUCAUAGAUGCCGAAGCCAGCAGUGAGGAACCAAAUAGACUCUCUGAAGAGCUGCUCCAAUGCUUAAUAAGCAUAUUUGUAAAGCUAAACCAGACAUUGUCAGAAAAAGAAUCAACCUCUGCUACUUCCAAGCAUAACCUAAACUGCAUCAAUUCAAAAAACUUUUCACCCAAAAGUACAUUCAGCUGUAAAGCAAGAUCAUCUAUCACCAAUGAUGAUGGAGUAUCACAAGGUUCUGAUAGCACAGAAAUCGGUUUUGGGCCUUACAAGAACUUCAACCAAAUCACAAGAAAUUCACUCAAGACAGCUCGGCUUUCGGAUUCUUGUCCUGCAACCAAAAAACUGAGGGUUUUGCUGCAGAAGUUAUGCUAUGUGGACCUGUCAUUCUUGAGCAACAAACAAAAGCUAGCUUUCUGGAUCAACAUCUACAAUGCCUCUAUAAUGCAUGCUUACUUACAAUAUGGGCUGCCAAAUACACAGGAGGGAAUGUUAACACUACUAAACAAGGCUGCGCUAAAUGUUGGCGGGAUAGUGCUGAAUGCUCUGGCAAUUGAGCAUUACCUUCUUCGGCAUCCAAGUGAUCCAAAACUUGAUCUCAUAAACGAGAAGGAAAUGCUACUGCGUCGGGCUUAUGGACUACGGUAUCCAGAACCCAACAUAACUUUUGCACUAUGCCGAGGCAAUUGGUCUUCACCAGCCUUGUGGAUUUUUACUCCAGAAGAAGUGGUGAAUCAAUUAGGUAGAGCAAAAGUGGAAUACUUGGAAGCUUCCAUACGAGUGACGAGCAAGAGGAAGGUCCUGGUUCCCAAACUCCUUCAAUGGCACAUGCAUGAUUUUGCAGAUGACAUGGAAUCAUUAAUAGAGUGGAUAUAUAGCCAAUUACCACCAAACGGGAUACUAAAAAAAGCAAUAAUGGAGUGCCUAUAUGAAGACAGAAAAUUUCCAACAGGAAAAAUGAUAGAAAUUGUGCCCUACCAAUACGAGUUCCAGUACUUGCUGCCACAUUAGAGGAACAAUAAGGAAGAAGAAGCGACUAACAGAUCUGUUUCAACAGGCAUACGAAUGACAACUGCAAUUGAAACAAUGGAAAACAUCCAUCACAAACCUGUAAAUAGCUGUAUAACAUCAUUCAUAAAGGGGUCGAUUUAUCAUCUGUUCCUAUCUCGAUCCUCAAAACAGUAUAAAUUGGAAGAAAAAAAGAAGAAGAAGUGCACCUUACUAACAUAUGAUGCUAGAAGGUCUAUGUAGGCCUGUAAGGGUGCAAUCCAUAAUCAAUUGACCAAUUACAACCAA